UUUCAAAUCAUACUAUGAAAUCUGCAAUUCUUGGGUUCAUUGUUGCUUUUGCAGCUACUGCUUCAGCUCAAAGUGCUAGUGAAGUUUCUACUACUGCUGCUGCUGCCACUACUACUUCUGAUGUCCCUACUGCCACUUCUACUUCUUCCUGCGCUCUCCAAAGCACCCUUGAUUUAUGUCUGCAAAAUGAAGACAACUAUAUCAAAACCUGUCAAGCUCAAGAUUUCGCUUGUUUGUGUAGAUGGAAUAAGGAGAAGUUGUCUUGCUAUUCUAGCUGCCCUAAUGAUUUAGGUGCUGGUGCUCAAAAGGCUCUUGUUGAAAACUACUGUUCUAUGCCUGGUGCCAAUGUAUCUGUUGCUCCCUGGACUAGUUCUGUUGCUCCCACUUCCACUGCAAUUCUUUCCAGUAGUGCUGCUGCUUCUUCCACUGCUGCUUCAGUCUCCCCUGCACCUUCCACUGCUAAAUCUGCAGCUGCUACUUUAGCUGUUGGUCAAGGAGCCCUUGCUGUUGCUGGUGCUGUCGCUGCUUACAUGCUUUUCUAAGCUUAUCUAUCGCUCCACUUUUUUUUUCUAAUUUUAUCUUUUGAUCCUUUUUCUUCUAUAGCCCACUUAAUUCAAAAAGGUAUUGUGUACGUGUAAACAAAUAGGCUUGUGGUUUUAUUUUAUUUCUUUGUAUAGCCAUUGAUUCUAUUUUUUAAAUUUGUGUACAAUGCCUUUUUUUUAAAAAAAAUCACUUUGUUACACUUAGUCAUUGAUUGGUUUGUUUAUUUUUAUUUAGCAAAUUAUUUUCCCAUUCAUGUAAUCAUUAAUACAAUUCAAGUUCGAAAUAAAUUUCUCUUUAUAAUGUA